CUCCCUUAUUUCAUCUCUCCCCCUUUAUUUUUCUCAUACAUUCAAAUUGUUCAUUAGUUCAUUCAUCCAUUUUCUAUUAACACAAGCAACUAAAUCAAUCCUCUCUUCUUGAAUCAGAUCACCAAAGCACAACAGCAAAAUGGGUAUAUGCAAUUCUUGCGAAUCUACAUCAGUAGCUACAGCAAAAUUAAUACUACAAGACGGAAGAUUACAAGAAUUCUCUUAUCCUAUUAAAGCGUCAUAUCUCUUACAAAAAGAUCCAAAUAUCUUCAUUUGUAACUCUGAUGAAAUGGACUUUGGAGAUAUUGUUUCAGCCAUAAAAUCUGACGAAGAGCUUCAAUUGGGUCAACUGUAUUUUGCUUUACCUUUGAACCGGCUGAAACGUAAGCUUAAGGCGGAAGAAAUGGCUGAGUUAGCAGUGAAGGCUAGUUCUGCAUUGAAUAGUAUUUGUGGUAAAGAGAAAUGUGGGUGUCGUAAUAAAGUGGUUUUAUUUUCAGGAGUGAGAGGUGGUGGGAAUUUGGGGAAGAAGGUGGCGGGUGACGGUGGUUCGACGGUGCCUGAGGGCAGAAGAGGGAGGAGUAGUGGUGGUGGGCGGAGAGCGAAGUUCACGGCGAGGUUGAGUGCAAUAUCUGAGUAGGAUAAAUUCUGGGGCAUUUUCUUUUUUUGAAAGAACUUGUUAUUCCACUGGGUAAAAGUACGGUAAAGGUGGCAGGUAUCCGAAGAAAUAAUGGUGCGUGCAAAUUGGUCGAACACAAUCACCAUUAGGCAAUUGGUACAGGGAAAGAAAGAGCGGAUGAAAUAGUCAAUGUGCACAAUCCUAAACGCUACUGUCAUUAGAAAAAAAUGUACUAUAUGUGCAAGAUUGACCACUCAUGAGAUAUUGAAGUUAGGUAAAAGACAUGUUUUGAGUAGAUCUAGGACGAGAUAGAAUUGUUAUUGAAUUUUUGAGGUCUCGAAAGCAGAAUCCUAGGAUUAAUCUGAUUUCGCCAAUGGGAGAUCGGAGAAGGGGAAGUACAAAAAGAUAAUGGGAAUCAGACCCACAUUUUAAUAUCCACUAGAUUAGAACUUGUUGAUGGGUGAAGCUUGAGAUUAGAAUAGUGUUCAUUUUAUCUUGUAAAUAGAAGGUUUUGUAAAUAAGUUGAGAUUCAAGAGCUGCACUCAAAUUAUUUGGGCGAUUCAAAAUUGGUCAGCUUCUUUUUUUAGAAUUUUUGUUUUGCUGGUUAACAAACCAUUA